AAAUAUAUGUAUUGUUUGUCAACAUCGCAUAUAUAGUUUUUCUUCAACAAUAGAAAUCUUGUUGAAUAUAAGUGAUCAGUAGAUGCACCUGCACCAUUGUCGUGUGUGGCCGGCUGUGUAUGAGUAGUAGUAGUCAAACACGAUAAUGACCGAUUUGAGCAAGAAAACGAAGAUUUACGUAGACAAGAGUAGGAGGUUUCCGGGUUUGGUAUGUCGAGAAGUAUGGAAAUUGGGUCGAGAUGAUCCGAGAAGAGCGAUCCAUGCACUUAAAGUCGGGUUUUCUUUGACAUUGGUAUCUUUGUUAUAUCUUAUAGAACCUUUGUUUAAAGGUGUGGGACAAAAUGCUAUUUGGGCUGUCAUGACUGUUGUAGUUGUCCUCGAAUUUACUGCUGUAAUUUUGAUAGGGGCGACGUUAUGCAAAGGAUUAAACAGAGGAUUCGGGACGUUGUUGGCAGCUUCAUUAGCCUUCUUCUUCGAGUUUAUAGCUAGAGAAUACGGCAAGGUUUUUCGUGCAGUUUUUGUUGGAGCUUCAGUUUUUCUAAUCGGCACGUUUACAACAUAUUUGAGAUUUUAUCCAAAGAUAAAAAAGAAUUAUGAUUAUGGCGUGCUAGUAUUCCUUUUGACAUUUAACCUGAUCACUGUCUCAAGUUAUCGCGUCGACGACAUCCUGAAACUAGCGCACGGGCGUAUGUCGACGAUAGCCAUCGGUUCUGGUCUGUGUAUCCUUAUGAGCAUUUUCAUCUUCCCACAUUGGUCAGGAGAAGAUCUUCAUAAUUUCACUGUUACCAAAAUUGAAGGCCUGGCAAAAUCAAUCGAAGCUUGUGUCGAUAAAUACUUUAAUGACGAAGAAAUAGAUAUGGACAUAGAAGAGCAAACAGAGGAUCCUAUUUACGACAAUUAUAAGGCCGUUUUAGAUUCAAAAUCCACCGAUGAAACCCUCGCCCUCCACUCGAGUUGGGAGCCGAGACACUCGUUGCCUUGCCACAAAUUUCCGUCGCGACAAUAUGUGAAACUAGGAGGCGUCCUUCGUCAUUUUGGGUACGGGGUUGUCGCUCUUCAUGGAAGUUUACAAACCGAAAUCAGGACUCGGAGAUCAGUAAGACUACUAUUCAGGGAUCCAUGCAUUCGCAUGGCAAAAGAAAUCAACGCAACUCUAACGGAGCUCGCCGGUAGCAUAAGAAACCGACGACAUUGCUCUCCGGAAAUCCUGACCGAACGUCUUCAACAAGCACUGCAAAACCUCAACAGCGCCCUAAAGUCCCAACCCAGACUCUUCCUCGGCCCAAACUGCCCUAACAACAAUUCCAACAUGCUAGCCUUAGUCGCCGCAACAGCAAGACAAAAAUCCUUUAACCACUUAACCAGCUUGAAAAAAACCGACUCCCCCAAAAAGUCCGGCUUGAAAACCGACUCACCAAGGAAAUCGGGCCUGAAAACAGAGUCCCCUAGGAUAUCAAAAGGUGGGACAGAAGCCGAGAAACGGAUUUUAAGACCAACAUUGAGCAAACUAACGAUCACAAGCUUGGAGUUCUCGGAAGCACUUCCAUUUGCGGCUUUUGUGGCUUUAUUAGUUGAGUUGGUGGCUAGACUUGAUGUUGUGAUUGAGCAAGUUGAAGAAUUGGGGAGAGUGGCUUGCUUUGCGGAGUUUAGACACGGGGAUGACGUGAUUUUGGAUGUCGAUAAGAGAACAUCAACAUCAACCGAGAUCAAUGUUCCUAAUGCUGCUGGAGCUGAGUGAGUGAUCAGCUGAUUUAAAGCGAAUAGCAUUACGUAAACGGUAUAAAUAUAUUAUUAUCUUUAAUUGAGACCAUCAAGUUAGUAAAAAGCGUAUUUUGUAAUCCUGGUUUUUGUGUAUAAAAUCGAUAUGAGAUGGUUGCUUGUGUA